AAUGUUCAACUCUUUAGGUGAGCUUUUUGGUACCGCCUAUUUUUUGGUGCAACUUUUGUGUCAGCUUUUCAAGUGUGGGAACACUUCAACUGCGAAUCAAAAAAGACAAAACUUACUGAAAUGUCCUUUUCACUCCACAAUUGAAGUUAACGGAAGUUCUCGCUCUUACAAUAUGUGUAGUCUGUCAAGCAGGUAAUCUCAAAUGUCGAACGCUGACUUGCACGUAGGAGUUAUCGACUUAUGCAAAUUUCUUACAUGGAAUGUCCUUCGAAUAACCCGGCACUGCACCUACAUAUAUAGAUGGAGGUACUCAGAGGAGCGUUGUGUACAAGGUCUACGUAUU